AUGUCUGUCGGUUUCAAGUCUAUUGGGAGUGGAACAGAGACGUUUAGAUUUAUUGAUGUGACAUGCGAUCAUCGGACCGUUCAUAUCCUAUGCAUCCAACUUACUCCUGAAGUAGCUACGGCCAACGGUAGUGCGUUCACCAUUGUUGGUUCAUAUGGAGGAACAGAAGGCGGAUGUUACGCGCAACAUUUAUGUCACGCUUCCAGAGGGUCUGAAAGAAAAGCGUUAAAAAUAAAGCUUGGGAAGUUGCAAAUUUAUGGCAAAUCAGAUGAAACUUACCAAACUUCUGUUCUUGCAUACUUUGAGCGGCCAGAAUCAUCACAUAUUGAACACACAAUGCUUGUCUACAAGUCGAACUCUCUACUCCCAACCUCCGCCUCAACUCUCAGUAUAGGCCCUUGA